UAUAUAUAUAGUGAACUCAUUCCGAACAAUACAAACUCUUUCACUUUAUAUACAUAUACAGGAGAAGAAUGAAAAUGGAGAAUAUGGCGAUUACGAAGUCAUCUGCUGAUCAAAAUAAGGGUUCAUCUUCAUCAGAGAUUAGAUCCGCCAUUGAAGGACUCUCCAUGAUGGUCAAAGCACUUAACAAACCUGAUCAAGCUUCUUCUCUGGUCAGAACAGAGAAUACUACUCCUACUAUUAAUGGUCAGCAUCAUCAUCAUGAUGGUCCCUUGCUUCAUCAUGAUAUAGAUAUACCCACCAAGCCUUUUCUUUCACUAUGCUCUAUUUUGGUUCUUCAAGUACUUGAUAAGAUUGGACCAACUAUGGCAGUUCUGAGACAAGAUGUCCACCAGAAUAUUCAGAGACUGGAAAAGCUUCAUGAAUCUGAUCCUUCAUUGUAUUCAAAUGUGGUUGAGAUGGUCAAGAAAGAGGUCACCCAAGGAGUUGCAAAAAAAGGGGCUAGCUGCUGUAAAGCCUUAGUUUGGCUAACCAGGUCGUUGGAUUUCACCGUGACAUUAUUGGAAAAGUUAUCAUCAUCAAAUGAUUCUGGGGAGAUGAGCAUGGAGCAAGCAGUGGAAGAGGCUUAUAAUGUUACCUUAAAACCAUGGCAUAGAUGGAUAUCCUCAGCUGCCUUUAAGGUAGCUCUGAAAUUAGUACCGGAUCAUCAAUAUUUCAUUAGUCUUAUUUUGGCCAAAGACGAAAAUUAUGCCACCCUUAAGGAGGAGAUGCAGACUUUGAUUUUAUUACUUGUUCCAUUUCUAGCACAGAUUCAUUCUAUUCUGAGAUUUUACGGCUUGGACCGGUUAAAGUCCACAUGAAGCAGACAUAUUAGGUGGUUUCUGUAUAGUAACGCAUUUGUAUCCAUAUGUCUCAAAGUAAAAAAAAAAAAAAAAGUUACACGCCCCAGUAAUUAUAUCUGUUACAAUUGGGGAAUUAGGCAAGCGUAAAAAUACAAUAUCAUGACAUAUAUUAUUUUGCAUGGAGGGAUCUCCCUCACGAGGAUCACUGUACCCUGACCAUAAUAUAUAUAUUUAUAUAUAUAUAUAUAUAUAUAUACAGGGGAAUUCUCUUAUAGGGGUUUCACUUUAAGCCUUACCGGUAGGGCUCUCAAUGUUUACAACCCGUGAACAGUUUUCAGCGCGAUUUUUUUUAUGACCGUGUAUAUUGUAGCUAUUUAGAGCAUUCUGCAAAUUUUCAGAAAAUUCCGAAUAGUUUACAGUACCGAAAACUAGGUUCAAACAUGU